CGGGGCACGAUUGCCCCAAAGGAUUACAUUACAGCCAGUUUCACUCUUGCUCAGUAACAUACUAGACCGAUUUCAAAAAUUGUUGUCCCCCAUUAGUCACUUAGAUAGAAAAAUAUGGGAAAAUGGGGUCCAAGUUGAAAAAUCCCGAAGUUUCCCUUUAAACUUUAUAACGCAGCUAGUUUCAGUGAAGCGUUUGAUUUUGGCAGGAGACCGGAACAUGUGUCGUUUGAACGUGUCUAACUUGACACUUGUUAGACGUUAUUAAAGCUGCAGACGUCAGUCAAGCAGUAAAAGCAGCUGCAGCAGAAGAAAUGCCUGACAUCAUGAUGACAAACGAAGUGUCCCACAGCAGGAUGAAGGUGACAGAAAUCGGAGAGUUUCUGAGAAAACCUCCGGCCGGUUUCUCCGUGGUGGCUCUCAGCUCGGGUUACCGAGUCCACAGCGAUCCGGAGAAGAGCCUAGUGCUCAUCGAUGACCUCCACUCCUGCAGAGGGAACAUAGUUUUCCACAAGUCGCUGGGAAGGAAAGUUAAAAUGCAUAAUUUAUGGGAAUACAGCAGCUUCAGAAAGAGUCUGCUGUCCAGGAGGAUCUAUCUGCUGAUGUCUGCCUGCGAGGAAAACUUUUCAUUGGCCAACAGAAAGGAAGCCAGAAACACCAGAGCGCUGAAGCAGUAUGUGGUGUCCAUCGAUGGCAACGAUCCUUUCAUUAAGUGGCAGAUGGAAAAAGGCCUGGACUGGACCAUCUCCUCUGUCGCUGGGGAGAGCUACAGGGUGGAUAUUGACCUGACUGAAGCACUGGAGAGCUGGGCUGCAAAAAACAUCCACAUAGCGACUGACGACCUGAUAAAAGUCGAACCUGUGUGGAGAGACACCUCCUUCACCUUGAAAUACUAUUCUGAUGCCCUCUUUGACUUCCCGCAUUGGUUUGGCUUAAGCAAGAGAAAAUUUCAGCUGAGACUGACAUGAGCGAGUGGCAGAUGAAGAGGAAGGAAAAAGAGUGUAUUUGCUCAGUUUUCGAUGUCUGCCUCCUCAAGAAAACAUGAAAAAGGAGUUUCUUGAUCAACAGACGAACGGUUGUAACACCUGGAAUCAUCAACCUGCCAGUUGAAGGAUGACCUUAAGUCAGAUGAGCCUACCUCUCAGGACUGUAGGACCUACCUUAUAAUCGCUGUUGGGUUCAGAUAUGACUUCUGUUCAAUGGGUGGAAACAUUUAAAAGGAAAUUCUGAAUGACCUGAUGAUUGUUUAGGCAAAUUCUGUCUGAAAUGCUAUUUUUUUUGUUACUAAAUAUUCAUUUACUUCAUAUGAUUUACUACAGUUGUGUCAAAUCUGUGUUACAAAUCAUAUGUUUGAAGACUUUUGCACAUAAUGAAUCAGAAUUGAUUAUGAGAAGUUU